CAUUUGUUGCAUGAACUUGCAUCUCAUCUCAGACCAUCUCGCGCCAAGACACAUGAACAAGCCAUACAAUAUGAAGUAAAAUUACAACUUGGCCGAACUCGAACUACUUUAGCCUGCUUCGCGUCAACGAGCUGAGAAGAAGUACACAGGCUACUCACUCAACUGCUCUGUCUCGCUUUCUCUCCAGCUUAGAAGUGCUUAAUCCUAUUUCAACAUACCAACAAUAACCACCGAAGAGCAGCACUGAUGUCACUGGAACUCGCAACGGCUGUGUAGGACGCAGUUGUUGCUAUGGACCGGCUGGCCCCCAUCGAAAGCGGCGCCGCAUACAUCGCAGACUGGACCUGGGCUUCCCUCAAAUUUAUCGUCUACCUGCUGUACUUGGCCACCAUCCCAAUCCAUUAUCCUAUUUAUUAUACGUUCGCCUUCGUCGUUUUCCUGUUUUCCCCGAUAUGGUACAUGGCCCAACUAUUCCUGGGAGCAGGGCUUUUUGUCGCCAAUCUGAUCGCUAGACUCAAGUACCUCUAUAUUUACUUCGCCUGUGCGGCCGUUAUCGGCAUCUGCGCCGGGGCCAUGCUCCACGGCAGCACGUCUAUGCUAUUUAUUCUGCUGGGCGUGCACCCUUCACAGAAACCCGCAACGCAACCACCUCCCCCAGCGCCGCCGCAGGAGGAACCCUCGACCGAGCAGGAGUCGGGAGCCUACAGUGGAGCUGACAGUUCCGGCCUAAUAUCGAGCGAGUCGCCCUCGUUUCGUAGGAAAGGCAAGGAUGCUUAUCGCCACGAUAUGACUGAACGCGAACGCGACGCUCUGUAUGAAAACAAGUGGCGACAAUCGGGCAGCAGCAGGGCGCCACCCAUACCACCCAUCAAGCCACGAAGGAAGUUUAGGGGUCUCCUAGCGCAGACGAUUCAUGAGGAAAGUAGUGAGAGUGAGUCGCUGUAGCUGGAUUGAUAAGAUGACGGCUUGCACGACACUGACUAGACUCAAAUCAAAUUAAAAUGCUAGAUUUUAUCUCGCUAUGGGCAAGUGGCAUAUUGCCCGGACUCGGUAGAAUUCAUUCUCGACCUCAUC